AUGGGCUUUAUACAGCUCUCUAUAGCUUUUGGCAAAAUAGCCAUUGACGCCGUCCGAGCGAUGGUCAUGGGACUCUUUUCGAGUCGCCGAACUACCCUCACCUACAAAACCUACGUUCUUCUCGCUGUGAUGAGAGCUUACACCAAACACGUCCCGGUCCCUCAACUGCAGGCCAUGAACCCGUCGACCUCGAAAACAUAUGAGCGUUUCAUGCACGAAAAUUCGCUUCCCCAGGAAACUUCGGUGACCAGCGACGGAAGGGGAGGAUACGUGCUUCCUGCAACAUCUGCUCAUUUCGAAUUGUUUUUGGAGCUCGUGAAUGAGGCAGAGACUCGAGGUUCAUCGCUCGGCGUGGCAGUACUCGAAUAUGGACUGACUCCAGAUUCGCAAUACCCUGCACAGCUCUGCCAGGCAAACAACGUCUUCAAGUUUCUGCUCCAGGAACUCCGCAUCCCAUCCGCGAAUGCAAGUUGUCCUCGAAUCUUGGUUUCGGAGUCCAAUGUGCCUGUACCGGCAGUUGUUGGGCCUCACCUUCCUCCCGCCACGAUCCUGCUCUCACCAUGGGUGACCUUUACCACGGACUCCCCGUCAUUUCGAACCAACACAGCUAAGGAUUGUCUGGAUGUCCAGCCACUGCAAGAAUGGUCUCAACUCUUCCUAGGCAGGGCUGGGUUGGAUAACUACAAUGUACCUCUGAUGGCGCCAUCCGACUGGUGGGCUCCCUUGAAAGACCACAAGUUCUGUGUGAUUGCAGGUGGGAAUGAACUAUUUAUUGACGACAUUGUCGAGUUCGUGGAAAAGCUGAAGUCUCAGGAAAUCGAGGUCGACUUCCUUAACAGCCCAGGGGAGGUACAUGACUCUCCAGUCUUUGAUAAAAUCAUGGGGAUCCCGCAGGGUAAGGCAGGCGAAAAGUUUCAGUCCUGGGUGCUCCAUAAUGUGCAAGACCGCUGA